CACAGAACACUCUGUGCGUCGCUGUGAGCGAAACUGGAAGACGGAGGCGGGUAUGGGGUAUCUCCUCGACCAGGAAUAAAAAGGUUUACAUUUUUUAAAGCGAUGACGACUCGACCAAACUGACUUGUCAGUAACCAAAGAUGUCCUACCAUUGUGAAAGGUUGAGAGCAACGGGGGAGAACUUGGGUGAGAUGUCAGCAGGCGCAAGCUAAGAGGCUAGUGAACUAGCCAGCCAGUCAGCCAGCCACCGCCACCACAGCAUCCGUCCUCAAAAUGUAGCAGCAGCGACGGGUUUUUGAGAAUAUUUCGGCCACCAUACCACUGAAUUCUACACAGGAGGAUUUGCAUUGAUAACGGACUGACUCAUAAAUCCGACAUCAUGAUGAAGAAAAAGAAAUUUAAGUUUAAGGUAGACUUUGAGCUAGACGAACUGUCAUCCGUUCCAUUCGUAAACGGUGUUCUGUUCUGUAAAGUCCGCCUGCUUGAUGGGGGUUUCUCCGAGGAAUCCUCAAGGGAGACGGUGCAGGCUAACUGUGUGCGGUGGAGGAAGCAGUUCAGCUUCCCCUGUAAGAUGAGUGCCAGUGCCAGCACAGGAGUCCUGGACCCGUGUGUGUGCCGCGUGUCCGUCAGGAAGGAGCUGAAAGGGGGAAAGACAUAUGCAAAGCUGGGCUUUGCCGACCUGAACCUGGCUGAGUUUGCUGGCUCCGGCAGCACCAAGCGCAGGUGUUUACUAGAGGGCUACGACACCAAGAACACGCGGCAGGACAACUCCAUCCUCAAGGUGAUCAUCAGCACACAGCUAAUGUCUGGGGAUCCCUGCUUUAAGACGCCACCAUGUACUGGCACUGUGCUGGGCUUCCAAGGGGACGGAGAGCGCCUCCUGGAGGAGAGAAGAGGAGGUGACGGCCAAAAACCAUACCUGGCCAUCUCAGAGUCGGCAGGCCGGUGUGCGUCUCUGCCCGAGGAGCUGGGGGCCUGUGGCCACUCCCGGACCUCCAGCUACGCCAGCCAGCAGUCCAGAGUAUCAGGGUACAGCACGAGUCACUCUCGGUCUUCCUCCAUGUCGGAGUCCUCGCACCGCAGGAACACGUCAGUGGGCAGCGCCUCAACUGGCAUCGCCAGCAUCCCAGAACCCUGUGAACCCGCGCCCACGCUACCUGGCACACCCGAACGCAGCGCCAACAGGCACCCAGUGAAGCAGGACUCCAUGGAGUCUCAGAUGAAGAGGAUGGACGCUACACGCGUGGACGCUGACGAUGUGGUAGAGAAGAUACUGCAGAGCCAGGACUUCACUCCCAACGUGCUCGACUCCAGCACAGAGGAGGAGGGACUGCGUCUAUUCGUCGGGCCUGGAGGAAGCACUGCUCUUGGAAGCCACCACUUACCUGCCAGGGUUGGAGGAGCUGCUGCUUAUGAGCAGGUGGUUAUCAAGCGCUAGACGCCCAGCAGGACUCAACUACACCUGGACAGGAGAGGCAGCCAUGUAGACCCUGAUGGAGGUGGAGGGUGGAGGAUGGAGGUGGAGGGAGAAUAGAGUGGGACUUGCCACGAAACGACAGCUUCAUCAGGAGAAAUCUACCGGCACUCACAAUAGAAACCCCCAACAAAGCCCUUUUUUAUUCCUCCACCACAUGAGGCUACAUUUACCAACGAACAAAUAAGUAGAUGUUUGUGUGUUUUUUUCCUGUUUGUUUCUGUUUGUUUUCGAGUGAACCAGGUGAGCGAUGGCUGAGCCUGGUUACGUGAUGUACAAGCUAUAUGAAGAGCUUGGACAGGUCCGCCGAGUGCUAGUUAAAAACUAAAGCUAUAACCUGAGGCUAUAGGAGCUCUCCGUCUUAUUCACCAAAGCCAUGCCAUUGCGUGUCGAGUUUUGGACAUUUGUACUGUACUGUAUAGUAUAUGUCAGUCUAUGGCCCUCCAGCAAUAUGGCCAAAUAGCCUGUUGCAGGAAGACAGUCUCUCUUGAGGUACCACAGCUGGUCUGUGGCAGGUAGGUAGGUAGGUAGGUUAGGCAUCCACAGUGUGAGGAUGUAACAGUCUUUCUGGACAACAGGAAGGAAUUAAGGAGCAGGGUGCCCAUACUUCGGAUAAGAAAAAAAACUUUAGACCCCCCCUAUCACACCAGAAAGGGGGGAAUUAGGGGGCUGCUAAUGUGACCUAAAACGUAGCACCCUUUAUGGGAUUUUUAAACAAACAUAAUACACAUUUGCUACCUGGUACGUGAGGGGCGCCUGAGAGAAGGGCUGACGAUGUGUGGGCUGGUGGUGGGUAUAGGCCUGGGAGCUCUGGACCUGGGUGCUCUGGACCUAUAGACCCAAUUAUCAAUACAGCCCUGCUGUGUACCUGUAAGGAUAGCCAUCCAGUGUAGAGCUAGGAAGGGCUUUCUGGACAGGCAGCCGUAGGGACAGCCUGUGUAACUAGGGCCCGUUUGAGGACAUGAUGUUCUAUCUAGAAUGUUCCGAAAGGUUCUUGGCUGGAACUGGAACGCUGUGACCCUCCACAGGGAAAGGGCGUGGUGGUGUGGUGCUGCUGCUGCUGCUGCUGCUGCUGCUGUUGUCCUUGUUCUCAGGGCCGCCGCGUGUGUUUCUUUCUUGGGAGCGGGGUGGAAUAUGUAUUCUGAUACUGUGAUAUCAUUGAACAGUUUCCAGGCAUCGAUCAGGAUUAGAGAGCGUCCUUUGACUCUGGUGUCCUUGGUUCUCUUUUGAGCAAAGUGGUGGUUUUGCACGAGGUACAGAGGUGGGAGUGAGAGAGCUUUUGACCGUGCUGGAAACGAUGUAUUCCGCAGAGUCACAUGUGGUCUCUGUGGUCCUCACAAAAGAAAAUAAGUCUCUACCUACACACCAUACACAGUAUUUCACACAAUAUUGCUAACACUAACAUUGUCUGUAUCAGUGAUUUUUACUCGUGAAGUAAUGCUUGUCGUUAGUAUCUCAAUGAAAAGAAAAAUAUAAAACCUGUGUUUUAAAAUGAAUAAGAACUAAACAUCUCAAGAUGAUUAGGUCAAUAUCUGCACAAGUAUCGCCAGUGUUUUUCUCUCUCUCUCUAUAACUAUGACUGUGAACUCAUCCAUGAAAUGUGUGUGUAUAUGUUAUGUCCACUGUGUAUGCACAACAUUCAUAAGCGCUCCCCUCUGCCAUACCGUCAUAAACUGAGGCAUACGCAAAUGCUCUGUGAUACUUGAGGCAUACGCAAUGCUCUGGCUAUCUCUGUGAUGAUUGCUUGUGCUGUUGUCUGCUUGUGAUUUUGAUUGUCACUACUCUGUGUGUGACGUAAACUGAGUGAGUGUAUGAGGCUGUGUGACUCCCAUGAUUACCACACCUCCAUGUCAUGUUACCCAGGACUUGUAAGUUGGAAGUAAUUAUCUGGACUUCUCUCUGGACUGUUCGCUAACAUCAAGCCAGAAAUGAGCAAUGCUCUUGGAUGAAAAGCAGAAUAUCCUGAGUUACGAAAAGAAGUCGGAUUGCUUCAACGGUUUUUAAAAAUAUAUUUUUAGGGCUUUUUUCCCCUUUAUUUGAUGGGACAGUUGAAGAUGGUGACAGGAAGCGAGUGGGAGAGAGAGAUGGAGGAGGAUCGGCAAAUGACCCGGACCAGAAUCGACCCCGAGUCACCAGCGUUGUAACCCAAUGCCCUACCGUUAGGCCACGGCAGGGCCAUAGUUCAACUGUUUUGAAGGUUUAUGAGGCUAUGAGGUGUUGACACACCACCAACCUUCCUCUAAGCUCUUGUGAGAAGCCCUGGAAUAGGACUUGCAUACAACUCAAACACGUGUUGACAGACAUUUUAGUUUUGUUCAUCCUUGAAUUGCCUUUUUUUUGGCAAAACAAAGAGAAAACCUUAUUUCGGAUUUUCUCUUGUGUCGUUAUACACAUGGUCCUCUGUUUCGGUUUGUCAUCACUUCAUUCUGUAACUUUUUUUUACAGUUUUAAGCUUCACCCUUGGUGCACCCUUAACAAUAUCUACAUAAACAUCUAAACUGGAAAUGAAAUGCUUGGUAAGAGCAGGUCAGAUGUAGUAAAUGCCCUAAAGUCUUGUCUAGGUGUCUUUUAAUGCCUUCUGUAAGCUCUACUUCUCUCAGAUGCACUGACGAGGUGCCAUAAUUAUAAGUUAGCACCCUCUGGUGCUGUCUUCUGAAAUUGCUUUGCGUACAGAACUUGAGCAAUGACAUGGGGCCUAUACUACAAAGCUGGUUCAG